ACGGGAUUAAAAGAGAGACGAGAAAAAAAUUACAUUUCAUGAUACGCGAUUAGUGAAAAAAAUGAAAUGUAGUUGAAAUUUUUUUUAAGAAAUUUUACUAAAAACCAAUAAAGAAUAAAAUUUUAUAGUUUUACAUCAAAUAGUUUAACAAAUAAACAACUGCAAACGUAUUAAAAGGAUAAUAAAGUGUUUUAAAAUGUCGACCACAUCGAUUGUGCAACAAUUUGUGACGGGUCUGAAGUCUCGGAAUCGCAAUGUGCAGAAUAAAGCGGCCCAGGAUCUUUUCCUGUAUGUUAAGACCGAACUCAGGGAAAUGUCCCAGGAGGAAUUGGUGCAAUUUUUUGAAGAUUUCAAUGAUCAAAUAUUCAGUAUGGUCAUGUCGACAGAUAUAAAUGAGAAAAAGGGUGGCGUGUUGGCCAUAAAAUGUCUGGUUAGUGGUGAUGUUAUAAAUACCAUGAAACGUAUUACCAAAUACUAUAAUCAUUUGCGUGAUUUAUUGCCUUGCAAUGAUGUGUCUGUCAUGGAAAUAGCCGCACGCACACUGGUGAAAUUGGCCAAUUUGCCCGGGUCCAAAGGAGCAGAAUCAUUUGAAUUUGAUAUAAAAAGAGCUUUUGAGUGGUUAAGUGGUGACCGGCAUGAGUAUCGUCGCCAUGCUGCUGUUUUUAUAUUGCGUGAAUUGGCCGUGGCCAUGCCCACCUAUUUCUAUCAACAAAUUUCCACUUUCUUUGAUCACAUUUUUAAUGCUAUUUUCGAUCCCAAACCGGCUAUACGUGAAUCAGCCGGUGAGGCUUUAAGAGCCGCCUUGAUAGUCACUUCUCAGCGAGAGAAUACCAAACAGUCUAGUGAACCUCAAUGGUAUAAAAUAUCCUAUGCUGAAGCUAUCAAAAGUUUCAAUGAAGAUCCUGCCUUGCUACAAAAAGAACCCAAAGGCAUGACACGAGAUGAUCGUAUACACGGCAGCAUGAUUAUAUUUAACGAAUUGUUUCGCUGCUCCAAUGCCAAUUGGGAGCGGCGUUAUAAUACUUUAAAAGCCCUGCUACCAGAUGCUUUAUCCUGUAAAUUGGGUGAUGGUGCAGGGGUGAAUUAUGUGGGCGGUAGUGGUGGCAGUAGUUCUAGUGGCGGGGGACAUCAAUUGACCACUAUAGUACCGCGAUUAAAAGCGCCUUUUGUUAAGAAAUUAGGUUCCACACAUUUGGUGGAAUUGGGUGAACAGCAUCAGGUGUCCAACCAUAAAUUUAAUACGAGCAACAUCUUAGAAUCCUCUUAUGCUCGUGAGGUCAUUAUGGAACAUUAUACCAUCAUAUGUGAAAAUAUCAUAGAACAAAGAAACUCCAAAUCGACUUAUGUACAACAGGCUCUUUUACAAAUUCUACCCCGUCUGGCGGCCAUAAAUCGUGAAAUUUUUGUACAAAAAUAUUUGAAAAUUUGCAUCAAUCAUCUGUUGAUGGUGUUAAAGGGCAAAGAAAAAGAUCGCAAUAUAGCCUACAUUACAAUCGGCUAUAUAGCCGUGGCUGUGGAGAGUGACAUUGAUAAAUAUUUGAAAACCAUUAUGAUGGCCAUUAAGGUAGCUUUACCACCUAAAGAGGCCACUAGCAAACGUAAAGCCGCCAUUGAUCCGGCUAUAUUUGCUUGCAUCACUCUACUGGCUCAUGCUGUUAAGGCCGGCAUUAAUAAUGAUGUGCGGGAUAUUUUAGAACAAAUGUUUUCAACUGGCCUUUCUCCCGCCCUCACGGUUUGUCUACGAGAAUUGGCUGAGAAUGUACCAUUUUUGAAGUCUGCCAUAGCUGAUGGCUUAAUAGGUGUUCUAUCACAAAUUUUAAUGAAUAAACCGGCUGGUAUGAAUUAUGGCAAUAUGAUGUCGGGUCCAGUAUCUAUGGAUUCAUCCAUGAAUUUAUCACAAGAUGUUCCGACCAUUGUUUUGGCUUUGCGUACGUUGGGUUCGUUUAAUUUUGAGGAACAAAAUAUGUUGGAUUUUGUGCAAAGAUGCGCCGAUUACUAUAUUAAUCACGAGCAUCAGGAAAUUCGCUUGGAGGCGGUACAAAGUUGUACACGACUACUCAAGUUAGCUGUGCAAAACGCCGAUACUUCUGAAAAUUCAAAAACUCUCAGUGAUACGGUAUCCCAUGCUAUUGAACGUUUAUUAAUAGUAGCCAUUACCGAUAUGGACUGUAAUGUAAGAGUACGUAUUUUACGUUUACUCGAUGAAACCUUCGAUGCCGAGUUGGCUCAACCAGAAUCCUUAAGUGCUCUCUUUAUCACCCUAAAUGAUGAAAUAUUUGAAAUACGUGAAUUGGCUAUGGUUACCAUAGGUCGUUUAUCGGCCAUGAAUCCGGCUUAUGUCAUGCCUAAACUGAGAAGAGUUAUGAUUCAAUUGCUAACCGAAUUGGAACAUUCCGGUAUGAGCCGUAAUAAAGAACAAAGUGCUAGAAUGUUGGAUCAUUUGGUGAUUAGUACACCACGUUUGAUUUCAUCCUAUAUGAAUCCCAUAUUAACGAUAUUAGUACCAAAACUAAAAGAACCUGAAUCCAAUCCGGGCGUGGUGUUAAAUGUUUUAAGAGCCAUAGGAGAUUUGGCCGAAGUGAACGGUGGUUCGAAUGAAAUGGAAAUGUGGGCAGAUGAUUUACUUUCUAUUUUACUGGAAAUGUUGGGAGAUGCAGGUUCUCCGGAUAAAAGAGGUGUUGCUCUGUGGACAUUGGGUCAAUUGAUUAGUGCUACAGGACGUGUAGUUACUCCUUAUCAUAAGUACCCGGUUUUAAUAGAUAUAUUGAUAAACUUUUUGAAAACCGAACAAAGACGCUCUAUUAGACGAGAGACCAUACGUGUUUUGGGUCUUUUGGGAGCCAUGGAUCCUUAUAAACAUAAAAUGAACAAGGGUUUGAUAGACAGUCAAAAUGAUAGUGUUUUGAUUUCGCUAACCGAUUACAAAGUGGAAGAGAAUCAAGAUAUAUCCACUGCCGAACUGUUGGUCAAUAUGGGCAAUAUAUUAGAUGAAUAUUAUCCUGCUGUAGCUAUAGCUGCUCUCAUGCGCAUUUUACGAGAUCCCACUUUAAGCAGCCGUCAUACCAGUGUCGUCCAGGCAGUUACUUAUAUUUUCCAAAGUUUAGGCAUUAAAUGUGUGCCGUAUUUGUCUCAGGUAUUACCCAGUCUCUUGGAAAAUGUACGCACUGCCAAUAAUAAUUUAAGAGAAUUUUUAUUCCAACAAUUGGCCAUUUUGGUGGAAAUAGUACGUCAACACAUCAUCACCUAUAUGAAUGAUAUCUUCAAAUUGAUUAAGGAGUUUUGGACUAAUAAUACACCCUUACAGUCUACUCUCAUCAAUCUAAUAGAACAGAUAGCUGUGGCCUUGGGAGGAGAAUUUCGGAACUAUUUGGCUCAAUUGAUACCACAAAUCUUGCGCGUUUUGCAGCAUGAUAACUCCAAAGAUCGUAAUGUUACCAAACGUUUACUGCAGGCUUUAAAGAAAUUUGGCAAUAACUUAGACGACUAUUUGCAUUUAAUAGUGCCGCCCAUAGUUAAGCUAUUCGAUUCACCCUAUGUACCCCAACAGGUAUCUUUGGUGGCUUUGGAAACUAUCGAUCAGUUGGCUUGGAAUCUAGAUUUUACCGAUUUCUCUUCACGCAUCAUACAUCCCUUGGUCAGAGUGUUAGAUAAUGAACCCGAUUUGCGUGAUCAAGCCAUGUCCACUUUGUGCUCUUUGGUUAUACAAUUGGGCAAGAAGUAUUUGGUUUUUGCUCCCUUAGUUAAUCGCACCAUCACCAAGCAGCGCAUCGUCAACUCGCAAUAUGAAAAAUUGCUCUCGAAACUCCAGUCGAAUACCACCAUGUGUCUGGAUGAGGAGUUCUUAAUGAGACAAACGAAAUACAAAGCCACUACUGCCUCUAAUGCCAUGAGUGAUGCCAACACCACCAUAAAAAAACUAAAUGUAUCCACGGCUCAGCUAUGCAUGGCUUGGCAAGUUAAUCGCCGUGUUUCCAAAGACGAUUGGGUGGAAUGGUUAAAACGUUUAUCUAUUGGUUUGCUAAGAGAGUCCAGAUCCCAUGCCUUGCGUGCUUGCCGUGUUUUGGCCGAAGAUUAUGAUAAACUUUUAAGAGAUUUAUUUAAUGCUGCCUUUAUUUCCUGCUGGACAGAACUGUCCACCGAACAUAAAAACGAAUUGACCAAGUCGUUGAUACAGGCUUUACAAGUCACCGAUAUGCCCGAGAUUACUCAAACCAUUUUGAAUUUGGCCGAAUUUAUGGAGCAUUGUGAUAAAGAUCCCAUUUUAAUUGAUCCUAAACUAUUGGGUACCCGAGCCAUGGCUUGUCGUGCUUAUGCCAAGGCCUUGCGUUACAAGGAGGAGGAGUUUGUUAGCCAUAAAGAUCCUCAUGUCUUUGAGUCCUUGAUUUUGAUUAAUAACAAACUGCAGCAGAAAGAAGCGGCCGAGGGUCUACUCACCACUUAUCGCAAUGCUGUGGGUGGGGAAAAUUCCCGUUUUAAAGAUGAACUUAAGGUUCAAGGUAGAUGGUAUGAGAAGCUGCACAACUGGGAUCAGGCUUUAAUACAUUAUCAACGCAAUUUGAAGCAGGAUAACAAUGAUAUGGAAUCAAGACUGGGUUCUAUGCGCUGCUUAGAGUCUUUGGGUGAAUGGUCUCAGCUGAGUCGUGUGGCCAAGCAGGAAUGGGAUUCCUUUGGUAAAGACAUCAAAUCUAAGGCUGGCCCUCUAGCCGCUGUUGCUGCUUGGGGUUUACAGGAUUGGGAAGCCAUGCAGGAAUAUGUUAGAUGCAUACCCGAAGACACGCAAGAUGGCUCCUUCUAUCGUGCCGUUUUGGCAGUGCAUCAUGAUGAAUUUGAGUUGGCUCAACGUUUGAUAGAUGAGACUAGAGAUCUCUUAGAUACCGAACUUACCUCGAUGGCAGGAGAAUCUUAUGAGCGAGCUUAUGGUGCCAUGGUUUGUGUACAAAUGUUGGCCGAACUGGAAGAAGUUAUACAAUACAAGCUGAUACCCGAAAGAAGAGAACCGUUGAAAUGCAUGUGGUGGAAACGUUUGCAAGGAGGACAACGUCUAGUUGAAGAUUGGCGUAGAAUUAUUCAAGUACACUCUUUGGUGGUAAGACCCCAUGAUGAUAUACACACCUGGCUGAAGUAUGCUUCUUUGUGUCGCAAAUCCGGCUCUCUGCAGCAAUCGCAUAAAACUUUGGUCAUGCUAUUGGGUUCGGAUCCCAGUGAAAAUCCCUUGGAUCCAUUACCCUACGAUUUGCCACAAGUAACUUAUGCCUACACCAAACAUAUGGCUGCCUCCGAUAACAUGCAAGGAGCCUAUGACCAACUAAGCCGCUUUGUCAACACCUACAGCAAUCAACUGAACUGUAUGCCGGAUACAGUGUAUAAACAAGAAGAUCAUCGUCUUUUGGCUAGAUGCUAUCUACGUCUGGCUAUUUGGCAAAAUAAACUUCAAGGGCUAGAACCCGAGGCUGUGCAAGGAGCUUUAGAAUGUUUCGAAAAGGCCACAGACUAUGAUCCCAACUGGUAUAAGGCCUGGCAUUUGUAUGCCUACAUGAACUUUAAGGUGGUGCAAGCUCAAACUUUAGAAAACCCCAAAUCACCCAUUGACAUACACAGUGGAUCGAAAUUGGCGGAAAAGGAAAGAAUGUAUAUAGAUCAAUAUGCUGUGCCGGCCGUACAUGGCUUCUUCCGUUCCAUUAGCUUGAUUAAGGGCAAUUCCUUGCAGGAUACUUUACGUUUGCUGACUUUGUGGUUUGAUUAUGGUCAUCAUUCAGCUAUAUAUGAUGCUCUUCUAUCGGACAUGAAACUUAUUGAGAUUAACACUUGGCUGCAGGUUAUUCCCCAGUUAAUAGCACGUAUUGACACCCAUCGCACUCUGGUGGGACAAUUGAUACAUCAGCUGUUAAUGGAUAUUGGAAAAUACCAUCCUCAGGCUUUGGUUUAUCCUUUAACUGUGGCUUCUAAAUCCGCCUCGGUGGCUCGUAAGACUGCCGCCUUUAAGAUAUUGGAUUCUAUGCGCAAACAUUCUCCCACUUUGGUCGAGCAAACCAUGAUGAUUAGUGAGGAAUUGAUUAGGGUGGCCAUUUUAUGGCAUGAACAGUGGCAUGAGGGUUUGGAGGAGGCCUCACGUUUAUACUUUGGUGAUCGUAAUAUUAAAGGAAUGUUUGAAAUAUUAGAGCCUCUUCACGCCAUGCUCGAGAGGGGACCACAAACUCUUAAAGAAACCUCCUUUUCGCAAGCCUAUGGUCGAGAGUUAACCGAGGCCUAUGAAUGGACUCAAAGAUACAAGUCCUCUAAUUCUCUCAUGGAUCUGGAUCAUGCUUGGGAUAAUUACUAUCAUGUAUUCCAAAAGAUAUCACGACAAUUGCCUCAAUUAACUUCCCUGGAAUUGCCAUAUGUGUCACCCAAACUUUUGGCCUGUAAAGACUUAGAAUUAGCAGUUCCCGGCUCUUAUAACCCAGGACAGGAAUUGAUUAGAAUAAGUUUUAUCAAAACCAAUCUACAGGUCAUCACCUCCAAACAGAGACCACGCAAAUUAUGCAUUCGCGGUUCCAAUGGCAAGGACUACAUGUACUUGCUAAAGGGUCACGAGGACUUAAGACAAGAUGAACGUGUAAUGCAGCUGUUUUCUUUAGUAAACACCCUACUUUUAGAUGAUCCUGAUACCUUUAGAAGAAACUUGGCCAUACAACGUUAUGCUGUCAUACCGUUAAGCACAAACUCUGGCCUUAUAGGCUGGGUGCCACAUUGUGAUACAUUACACACUCUCAUAAGAGAUUAUCGAGACAAAAAGAAGGUUCCGCUCAAUCAGGAGCACCGCACUAUGUUGAGCAUAUCCCCCGAUUAUGAUCAUUUGACUUUAAUGCAAAAGGUGGAAGUGUUUGAAUAUGCUCUUGAUCAAACUCCUGGUGAUGAUUUGGCCAAAUUACUGUGGCUUAAGUCACCCUCCUCGGAAGUAUGGUUUGAAAGACGCACCAAUUACACCAGAUCCUUGGCUGUUAUGUCUAUGGUGGGUUAUAUUUUGGGUUUGGGUGAUCGACAUCCUUCUAAUCUUAUGUUGGAUCGCAUGAGUGGCAAAAUAUUGCAUAUAGAUUUUGGUGAUUGCUUUGAAGUGGCCAUGACACGUGAUAAAUUCCCUGAAAAAAUACCCUUCCGUUUGACACGCAUGUUAAUUAAGGCUAUGGAGGUAACCGGCAUAGAGGGCACUUACAGACGCACCUGCGAAAGUGUUAUGUUAGUUCUUCGCCGCAACAAGGAUUCCCUAAUGGCUGUAUUGGAGGCCUUCGUCUAUGAUCCUUUACUUAACUGGCGUUUAUUGGAUACCGAAACGAAAAAUCAUCGCACUAAAAAUGCCAAUAAUUCGGGAGGCGGCAUGGCUGGUGGUGGCAAUACCGGCAGUUUGAGUAAUUCCAUUGAUGACAAUAUCUUACACAGCAAUACUGCCACUAAGUCCAAAGUCUACGAUAAUAAUUUUCUACUUGCUCCUCAAAUGGGCAAUACCACAAAUACCGACAUUACCAACAGUCGCGCCAGUAAGGUAAUUAAACGGGUUAAACGUAAACUCACGGGCAAUGAUUUUCUCACACAAACCAGUUACACUGUGCAACAGCAGGUGGAUAUGCUGAUACAACAGGCCACCAAUAAUGAGAAUUUGUGUCAGUGCUACAUAGGCUGGUGUCCAUUUUGGUAAAAACAAAAUUUUCAUCAUUAGUUUUAAUUAAAUACAUUUAUUAUACAUAUUUUAACUGUUUUUUUUUUUUAUAAAAUACUGGCUUUUAAGUUUCCUUUUUUUUUAUUAUUACAAGUUUUAAGCUUUUGUUUUUUAGCUUUGCUUUGUGAAAUUCUUCUUUUUUAACAAA